AUGGCGAAUAUUGCAUCCAGCAGAUCACCUUCCCCACUUUCAACAAGAAACUGUAGAAAUUCCGAGGUGAAUUCCACAACCAGAAGGAGUUUCAAUGGCAAUCCUUUUGCCAGACCCACUGCGCUCACAAACCCUAGAAGUUUGAAUCCACCUACCCCUGCAAACAGCCCUGCUACAAUAGAUCAUGUGAAAAGACAUUCGAUCGGCCGCAAAAGCGUCGGCAAUUCGAUGUUUCAGGAUGGAAAAGAGAACCACAAAGAUACCAUCCGAUCACCUGCGAAGGGUGGUUCAAAGAAUUUCAUGGCCCCAACGAUCUCAGCUGCUUCCAAGUUCACUCCGUCGCCAAGAAAGAAAGUUUUGGGCGAGAAGAACGAUGUCAUCAGAACUUCCAUCCAGUUCUUGGACAAAGAUUUGAGUUUGAAAUCUGAAGAAACGCCAUUGGAUCACACCACCAAGAUUGAGGAGGAUUCACUGGAUUCGUUAACUCUUGAACAAAAAGAAGUUGUUCUUGAAACUCCUCCUGUUCUUCAGGUAAAUUCUAGUUCGAUUAAUGAUGCAACAGAAAUGUUAUCUGAGGUUACUGAGAAUUCCGAUUUCAUUAACGUUGUUGAUUCAUGCCCCAAGACUCGGCCUUUUUGUUGUUCUCCACAAACUUCACCGAUCAUCGCCUCUCUUGAUCACCCCUCUCUUCCUCCAUACGAUCCCAAAAAGAAUUUUCUUUCGCCUAGACCUCAGUUUCUUCGUUACAAACCAAACCCACGAAUCGAAAUCUUACUAAAUAAAUCAGAUGGAAACGAUGAUUAUGGAGAAGAUGAUAUUACUAAACUCGAAGACAGCUUUAAUCUGUCCGAGAACUCAUCAGAUGCCGAAGAAGAGCAAGAAGUAGAAAAAGAAGUAGAAUUAGGAGAUUCAGUUCUUGGGUCAUCAGAGGAUUUGUCUGAAAUGGUUUCAGAAGAAAAACAAUCUGAUUUCAUGGUCGAAAAGGCAUCGAAACCUCGAGUUGUCAAGCGAUCUAAGACUAUCUGUUUGCUUUCCCUGAUGUUCUUAAUAGCCUGUUUUGGGUUUUCUUUUACUGAUUCUCCACCCAUGGAUUUGCCAAUAUAUAAUGACUUUAGCUUCCAAGAGAUUUAUCAAGAAUCCUUGAAGUUUGCUGCAACUGCAAAAGACUCUUUGGAUGAUCUUGUUGAAAAUGUUAAGCAGUGGUCAAUCAAUUUCAGUUCUUACCUCUCCCAGUUGAAAUCCCAUUUUAGUUCAGCCCACAAGAUUACCUCCAUACAGUUCUUUAACUUGACCAUUUCUCCCCUGCAAGAAGAAAUUAUGUUCAAUAGGCACAUUGGAACAGAUUACAUAGAUGCUAAAAUAUCAGAAGAAAUUCAAGAAUUUGAGGAAGAAAUUCAAGAAUUUGAUGAAGAAAUGGAGGAUGAAAUAGAGAUGGUUGAUGAAGAAGUUUAUGAAGAGAUGGAAGUCGAUGAUGACAUUGAUGUACCAGAAGAAGUUGUGAUCGAAGAACAGAAUGAGAUUCAAUUUCAACCCCAUGAACAGAUUCAACAUGCUGAUGCUGAUGCUGAUGAUUCGGUGGAGAAAAGUUUGAAUCUUGAAGAUGGGUCAAGCGAAAUAGCUUCAAUUCCUGUAACCAAUUCUGAAGCCAUACCUGAAACUAAAUCAGAAAUGGUGGUCAAUGAUCUAGAAAUCGAUUCUAGUUUGGCAGAUUCUGUUGCCGACUCAGAAACUUUGACCUCUUUUUCAACCGUAUCGAUUAACACCAUCUGUUUAGCUGGUUUUUCCAUGGUGAUCCUGGCUGUUUCCUCCAUCUUUUACACCAUUAGAACGAAAUCUAACGCUACAACAACCACCACCAUUCGUGAUGCCGAUAUGCGCAGAGAAUCUUGUUCUUCAGAAACAAACAGCUUCCAGAAGGGUUACAAGAAGAUGAAAACUAGCAGCAAUAAAAGAGAGUCGCUGGCGUCUUCUUCAACAGAUUACUCGACGUCGACGGGUUCUCCUUCUUAUGGAAGCUUCACUACAUUCGAAAGAAUUCCCAUUAAGAAUGGAGAUGAAGUGAUGGUGACACCAAUUAGGAGAUCGAGCAGAUUGAUGAAGAACCAAGCGACUUGUUCAUGACUUUGUAACCUAGUUUUAGAUUUAGAGUUAGAGUAGUUAGUUUGAAGUUGUUAAUCAUCAAGCUACUUGCUUAUUAUCAAAUUAUUGAUUUUUUGCUGC